CAAAAAGAAGGUUGGCUUGAAAGCUCUCCAUGGCCCAGAUCACAGGUUAAAGUGGCAGGGGAUCGUCACCUCGAAUUGUCCAAGUAUCCAAGUUCAUGAAUUUAUCCACCCGCGCUGUUUUGGCCAUUGGCGGCGUCUUUCUGGGCUGCUGCAGUGGCGUUGUCUUCCUGGAGCUCCUGGUUAAACUGGACCCCGGCGCUGGAAACCUGAUAACAGCCGCCCAGUUUGCCUUUAUUGCCCUGGAGGGCUUCAUCUUCACCUCGAGGUUCGGAUUGGCCCAGCGGGUGAUCAGCCUGACGGACUAUGCGCUCCUGGUGGCCAUGUUCUUCCUGACCAGUGUGUGCAACAACUAUGUGUUCGAGUUCAAUGUGCCCAUGACGCUCCACAUGAUCAUCCGAGGCGGCUCCCUCAUCUCGAACAUGUGCCUGGGCACGUUGAUCCUGAAGAGGAGCUACCGGCUGAGUCAGUACAUAUCGGUGGUGAUGAUCAGCGUGGGCAUUUUCAUUUGCACCUACUUUUCCAGUCCGGAUUUGGUUGGUAGGAAGGAGGAGAAUCUCGAUGGAAGCACUGAUAUGUUCUGGUGGCUGGUGGGAGUGCUCCUCCUGGUGCUGGCUCUUUUUGUCUCCUCCUACAUGGGCGUCACCCAGGAAUUGCUGUAUCGCCGUCAUGGAAAGUGUGCGAGGGAAGCUCUGUACUACACGCACCUGUUGCCUCUGCCCGCCUUUCUGCUGAUGCAGGAUAACAUCCGGACGCACUGGCUCCUGGCCCUCGCAGGGGAGUCCUACCACUUGCCCCUCCUGGGCGUGGCGGUGCCUUUAAUCCUGGUUUACCUCUUAGGCAACGUGCUUGCCCAGCAUCUGUGCAUCAGCUCUGUUUACACCCUGACCACGGAGUGCAGCUCGCUGACGGUAACUCUGAUCCUAACACUCCGCAAGUUCAUUUCGCUGGUCUUUUCCAUCAUUUACUUCCGGAAUCCCUUCACCGUGCACCACUGGCUGGGCACCGUGCUAGUCUUUGUAGGCACCCUAAUGUUUGCUGAUGUGAUAAGAGUUCCCAAACGAACUCAGGCCGUGAAACAGGAAUAG